AUGAUGUCAUCAGAUCACCUGACCUGUGGUUGGCUGCAGCAGCUACUCCUUGUACUUCUGAAGCUUUGCCUUGCUUUUGCUGGGCCUUUGCGACCACUCAAUGGGACCGAAUGCACAGCCAAGGGUCCUGCUUCCUACAUCCUGGUCUUUACAGGUCACUGGAGCCCGCAGGCCUUCCCCAAGCAGUAUCCCCUGUUCCGCCCCCCUGCACAGUGGUCCAAACUCUUAGCGGUCAGCCAUAAUCGCCAUUUUCGGCUGUGGGAGGAGGGUGCUCCAGCCAGUGCAGGGGUGCAGAGCUUUGCUGAAGUCGGGGUGACGGUGGAGCUGAUGAAGACGGCCAAAGAGGCCAGGAAGAGACGCACGGUCGGCGCCAUGUACCGAACAGCCGGCAUCCCUAACGGCAUCGGGCACAGCUCCACGGAGUUGCUCAUACAGCCCCGAAGCUCGCUGAUGUCCCUGAUGGUGAAGAUGAUCCCCAGCCCAGACUGGUUUGUCGGUGUGGACAGCCUAAACCUUUGUGAGGGCAGCCAGUGGAAACAGGAAGUGACCAUUGACCUCCAGCCUUAUGAUGCAGGGACAGACAGUGGAUUCACUUUCUCCUCUCCCAACUUCCCCACCAGCCCUCCAGAAAACAUCACAAAGAUCACAUCCCAGAUGCCGAACCACCCAGCCAACUCCUUCUACUAUCCACGCUUACAGGAUCUUCCACCAAUCGCCAGCAUAAAGAUCACUCGACAGAGCAGAUCACCUGACCGUCAAACCCCAAUGUCCAAUCAUAUUCUGCCUAACUCUAUCAGUCCCCAGCGCUUCUCAGUGACACCACUGGACUGUGAAGUGUCUCUCUGGUCAUCCUGGGGUUUAUGUUUGGGUCCCUGCUCCAGAGGUGGCGUUCGCCACCGCACACGUUACAUCCUUUUACGGCCGGCUAAUGCUGGCAUCCCCUGCCCUGAGCUGGAGGAACAGGCUGAAUGUGUACCACACAGCUGUAUGAAACUCCAGUAA